AUGGUCGCGAAGGAUGGCGAAGUCGUUCCACUCGAAGCCUCUAUCCACACUACUUCGCGCCUCCGCGCCCCCUUCACCCGCAAAGCAGGUGAAGGCGAGAUGGAUGGCUCUGUGGAGGGAGAUCGUAGCGUCCUGGACGCCGCUGGUGGAACCGAACCAACAGACGAGGGUGACGUGGCAAAAGCAGUGCCGUACGAUGCACAGCUGGUCCUGCCGCCGUCUACCCGUCCGCCUGUGCGACCCGCGACCGUGCACCUCUCGAUGGACGACUUUCUCUGUCCUAUCUGCCGCGAUCUAGUCUUCAAACCCGUCGUUAACGCGUGCGGGCACGUGUUCUGCUUCUGGUGCGUGCAUCGCGCCAUGACGCCCUACAGCGAGAGCCGCUGCCCCAUGUGCCGAAGGGCCUUCGCGCACUUUCCCGGGGUCUGCUGGCUGCUGCACCGCUUCCUUUCCGCCUCCUUCCCCGCGGAGCUCCGCGCGCGCGCCAGGGACGUCGCGGAGGAGGAGCGCGCCAUGGGGACCUUCUCGCCCGCCGCGCCCCCUGCGCCCUACGCGCCCCCCGCGCCCUCUGCGUCCAUGGCGCCUUCCGCGCCCUCCCUGCUUGAGGCGGAGGCAGAGGCAGAGCCCCCGAGCAGAGCUGGCGCGCACAUGAGAGGUGUGGCGCAGGAGAAAUCAGUGGAGGGGCGAGCGGGGGACGGCAGGGGAGAGCCGCUGAGUGUGGAGGAGGAAGUGUUUGUGGCGUACUGGCAGCAGGAAUUCUCGUGUGGGGUCUGCCGCCUGCUGCUGCUACACCCCGUGGUGCUCAACUGCGGCCAUGUCGUAUGCUCUGCCUGCACGUCUACCCACCUCACCACUUCCGCGAGCACUCCCUCACUCGCCCACCCUUCCUCCUCCUCCCCGCCUCCCUCCCUCUGCCACUCCUCUCCCUCCUUGCCUCAUCUCAGCCCGCUCCACACCCUCCCUCCGCACACUCUCCCACCCCACUCCCUCCCUGCUGCUGCUGCUUCUCCUCCUGCCGCUUCUCCUCCUCCUCCUCCUCCUCCUCCUGCUGCUGCUGCUAUUGCUGGUGUUUCUGAUGGUGGUGGUGGUGGUGGUGGUGGUGGUGGUGGUGGUGAUACGGUUGGUGCCGGUGCCGCUGGUGCUGCUGCUUUCAGUACUGCUUCUGCUGCUGCUGUUGCUGCUGCUGGUGUGGCAGGGAGGGACGGCAGGCGGUGUGUGCAGUGUGGGGCAGUGCAGCCAACGAGGCGAGUGGAGCCAUGUGUGCCGCUGCACGCCGCCCUCUCCGUCCUCUUCCCUGCCGCCCUGCACAGGCGUGUGCAGGAGAGGCACGAGCAGGAGAGGGGCAGAGGGAAAGGGACGGCUGAGAUUGCUUGGAUGAGAGAGGAAGAUGAGGAUGAUGGUGAGAUGGUGCAGAUGAGGGGUGAAGGUGAGAGGGGUGAGAUGGUGGGCGCUGGGCGCAUGGAAAGCAGUGAGUGUGGAAGGCAAGGCAGGGAAGGAGAGGAGGGAGGAAGAGGACUAGGAGGGAUGGGAGAGGAGGGAGGAGGUGAAGGAGGAGAAAUGAGAGAGAGCAGGGAGAGGAGAGGGAGGCUGCUAUCAGCUGGUUCUGGUGCAGAGGGUGUGAGAGAGGAGGGUGUGAGAGAAUGGGCUGGCAGGAGAGAGGGGGGAGCAGGGAGUGACAGGAGCAGAGGAGGAGGCGAAGAAGAGGGUGAAGGAUUGAGGAGAGGGGGCAACCAGUCUGAGGGGGAGGGAGGGAGGCGAGAGGAGGGGGUGAACAGGGGGGGAGAUGUGGCGGUGGUGGGAACGACAGAGGAGAGCGGAGAGGAGGCAGCUCUGGCAGAGGGGCAGCAGCAGAUGAGUGAGGGAGAGAGCACGGCGGUGCGGGCGGCGUGGGAGCGAGUCCAUGCGGUGGUGCGGCGGAUCGACCUGGCACGCCUUGAGGGGGGCAGCGAGGGGAGCAGCGAGGCGCAGGUGGAGGCGCUGAUGAGGGAGUUAGAGGAGACGCGACGCGCUAACUUCAUCCACAUCAGUGUCGGUUGUGAUGGAUGCGGGGCCUUCCCCAUAGUGGGGGCGCGCUACAGAUGCCUUGACUGCCCCGAGAGAGUGGGCUUUGAUCUCUGCGCCGCCUGCUACAGCUGCCCGCCCCCGGUGGUGGGGCGCUUCAACCAGCGCCACGUCAGCACGCACCGCAUGGUGGAGGUGCGGCAGCGAGACGGCGUGCUGCAUCGGAUAUUCGAAUCGGUGCAUCCGGAGCUCAUGGCGCGGCUCAUGGCAUCUAUAGAAGAGGAGGAAGAAGAGAGGGACCAUGAGGGGGAGAGGGGGAUGGCGAUGGAAGGCGAAGGGGCGGAUGGGAGCGGGGAUUUGAGUGGAGAAUGGGAGGAGGCGAGUGGGGACGGAGAUGAUGAGGGCGAGGAUGGUGGUGAUGGUGGGGUAUCUAUUCCUGACGUGGCGAUGCGUGGCACAUUCCGUAGUGAUUUGACAAUGCGUGGCAUAGCCCGUAGUGACGUGGCGAUGCGUGGAGCUGCCCAUAGUGACGUGGCGAUGCGUGCCGCUGCCCGUAGUGAUGUGGCAAUACGUGGCGCUGCCCGUAGUGACAUGGCGAUGCGUGGCGCUGCUCGUAGUGACAUGGCGAUGCAUGGCGCUGGUGGUGGUGACGUGGCGAGGCGUGGCGCUGCCGGGAGUGACCUGGCGAUGCGUGGCGUGGCCCCCUGUACUGACGUGGCGAUGUGUGGCGCUGCCCAUAGUGACGUGGCGAUGCGUGGCGCUGCCGGUAGUGACGUGGCAAUGCGUGGCGCGGUCCGUAGUGACGUGGCGAUGUGUGGAGCUGCCCGUAUUGACGUGGCGAUGCGUGGCACUGCUGGUGGUGAUGUGGCGUGGUGUGGCGCUGCCGGGAGUGACAUGGAGAUGCGUGGCACGGCCCGUAGUGACAUGGCGAUGCGUGGCGCAGUCAGUAGUGACGUGGCGCAGUCUGUAGUGACGUGGCGAUGCGUGGCGCUGCCGACAGUGACGUGUGACGUAGCGAUGCGCGGCGCUGCCCGUAGUGACGUGGCAAUGCGUGGCGCUGCCCAUAGUGACGUGGCGAUGCGUGGCGCUGCCCGUAGUGACGUGGCCAUGCGUGGCGCUGCCCGUAGUGACGUGGCGAUGCGUGACGCAGCCCGUAGUGACGUGGCGAUGCGUGACGCUGCCCGUAGUGACGUGGCGAUGCGUGGCGCUGCCCAUAGUGACGUGGGGAUGCGUGACGCUAGCCGUAGUGACGUGGCAAUACGUGACGCAGCCUGUAGUGACGUGGCGAUGCGUGGCGCUGCUCGUAGUGACGUGGCAAUGCGUGGCGCUCCCCGUCGUGACGUCGCGAGUCGUGGCGCUGCCCGUAGUGACAUGGCGAUGCGUGGCGCUGCCCGUAGUGACGUGGCGAUGAGCGGCGCUGCCCGUAGUGACAUGGCGAUGCGUGACACUGCCCCUAGUGACGUGGCGCUCCCCGUAGUAACUGACGUGGCAAUGUGUGGCGCUGCCCGUAGUGACGUAGCGAUGCAUAGCGCUGCCCAUAGUGACGUGGCGAUGCGUGGCGCUGCCCGUAGUGACGUGGCGAUGAGCGGCGCGGCCCGUAGUGACAUGGCGAUGCGUGACACUGCCCCUAGUGACAUGGCGCUCCCCGUAGUAACGUGGCGAUGUGUGGCGCUGCCGCCCGUAGUGACGUGGCUAUGCGUGCCACUACCCCUAGUGACGUGGCGAAUCGUGGCGCUCCCCGUAGUGACGUGGCAAUGUGUGGCGCUGCCCGUAGUGACGUAG